AUGGCCACCGCAUCGCAAUCGUCACCGCCAGUCCCCGUGGCCGCCGCCGCUGCUGCUGCUGCCGCUGCUGCUGCUGGGGUCAAGUCCGGCAAGCGAGCUUCGUGGCUGUCCCGCUCCACCUCGAGCGCUAAAGCGAGUCUGCAGAACAUGGCCAACAAGACCUCAUCAACACCAUCGUCCUCGUCGCCCUCUGGCUUCCACUCGACCCCGCUCGCGAUGAUCCCGAGCGCCUCCACCACCGCGGCGAACGUCAACGUCUCCACUGGCGCAGGCUCGUCCUUCUCGUCAACGUCGUCCCUGCUCAGUCGCGCCAGUUCGGUCAAGGGCAAAGGGAAAGCAAAGGCUUCCGAUCCGCACCUCACACAAAGCUCGAUGAGCAUCCCCAAUAUCAUCCUCGGAGCAGUCAAGGACGACUGGCCGUUGUACAGGUCAGUUCAUGCUCUUUCGGCGUUCGUCCGAGCUGAACAGGGACUGACAAUCUGAAAGACAUCGAUAGUUGCCGACCAGAAGAUUAUGAUAUAGGACAACCGAUAGGUAAGAGCGCCUGGUCGCUACGACACGGAAUCCGAGUUCUUCCUUCGAACGCGCCGAUUAGCUGACAAACUCUUCAAACUCUCCUCUCCCGCGCUUGCUGUCGACGAUAGGUUUUGGGUCGUCGGCGAUCGUUCACUUGGCGACGUAUUGUCCCGUCGAGCUCAAUGGCGACGCAUCGAGACCGACACCCAUCCCGUGCGCCGUCAAGAUCAUCGACGUCGACAAGUUGUCGAGCGUCGGCGAUAUAGAUCGACUAAGGAGGUCAGUUUACCCCACCUGGUUCAAAGCCCCCUGAACCUCCUUUUCUGGGUCGAGGUUGCUUCUUGCUCCGUUCUGCUUUGAGCUUUGAGCUAACAGCUCCAACCGUCUCGCAUGACAGAGAAACUCAACUCAUGGCUCUGUCAAAGCAUCCGAACGUGUUGCGCGUACGUGGCGAAUGGAUAGGAGGUACGUGCCCCCCAGCCUCACGGCUCGCGCGUGGAUCCUGUCUCUCAGGGGCAAAUGAUUGAUGUUUGGUCUCGGGACUUGGCUCGAAUACAGGCAGCAAGCUGUACAUUGCUUGUCGGUACAUGUCACCGGGAUCUUUGCUCGACAUUAGCCGCUACGCCCACCCCGACGGCUUCGACGAAACCGUGAUCGCGACCGUGCUCAAACAAACUCUCGAAGGCCUCGUCUACCUUCACCAAAACGGCUGGCUUCACCGAGAUGUCAAGGCGGCGAACCUGCUCGUCGAUGACGAUGGGACUGUACUUUUGGCGGAUUUUGGAGUUAGUUCGAGUUUGUUCCAUGAGAGUUCGUCGGGAACGACGACCAAAGAGGAGAGUGAGGCCAACAUGUUUUCGACGAGGAAGAGUUUCGUCGGGACACCGUGUUGGAUGGCGCCGGAGGUCGUGGAGAGGAAGGCUUAUGAUUCCAAAGGUAAGCGCAUCUUUGCUGGCCUAUUAAAUUCCGUGAGCUGAGACGCCUUGUUACUCGCAGCCGACAUCUGGUCACUGGGUAUCACCGCCCUCGAACUAGCCCAUGGUCGAGCUCCGAACUCACUCUACCCUCCCGCCAAAGUCCUAUCCAAGACUGUCAUCGACGCUCCACCGACGUUGGAAGGGUCUUACUCGAAACAUUUCAGGGACUUGAUCCAAUCCUGUCUCAACAAAGAUCCCAACAAAAGGUGAGGCUGGUGGCGUUUUUCAAAGCGCCGAAGCCACCAUGAUCUCACCCUGACUUGUCGCCUCGGGGGAUCCCACUUCCCACAGACCCACCGCGUACCAACUGCUUUCGCACCCCUUCAUCAGAUCCCAAGCCAAGAAGAAAUCGCACCUCGUUACAACGAUCUUGGCGGACUUGCCACCCUUGGAACGAAGACAGAAUCGACGAAGAUUGAGCGUCAUCACGGGAACGAGGCAUGAUUCGUCCCUUUCGUGGGACUUCAAUUCGACGAUCUUGUCACUCCAUGGUGGGAACUCUACCGGACGAGCCGGGGACGGGUAUGCUACACCACCCAGUCCUUGGAGCGGGAUCAACACCGCCAAUUCGGCCGGUGGAGAGCAGGACCCUUUCGCCAAAUUCGAUAGUGGAGGGACUCCCAAGUCUUCCAUCGGAAGGAAUUGGCCUAGUGCCGGGAAUAGGACGAGAGAAGUUUCGGUCCAGACGACGGGUUCGGGCUCGGGGAAGAGCGCGCAUCGCAGAGGGAUUAGUUUUGAUUUGAGUGAGGGGGGAGGUCGGAGUCCGAUUAGUCCUGGCUUGGGAGGGAUGGGGAUGGGGAGUCCGAAGGUGGAUGGGGGUGAGAAGCCUCGAGAGGUGCAGGAAAAGGAAAAGGAUCCGAAGAUGAUGGAGGAGGAGAGGACGAGGGAGGAGGAGAAGCCGCGAUAG